CAUCAUCGAUCAGAGUAUUGCAUUUUCACAUAAUCGAUCAGUGCCAUCAAUACCAGUAAAGCGAGAGAUGAUAAUCGGAUGAAUGUAAUAGAGAAAGAAGCGGAUAAAAAGAGAAGCAACGCAUAAGGGUAGUGAGGGAAGGGGCACGGAUGGAGAUAAAGCGAUUGACCCUCGCCCCCUCAAUGACCUGUCAGAGAGAUAUCGUUCCACUAAAUUUCACUCGCAUAUCAGUCGAACGCGUGCAUACACACUCCUCUAUAGUCGUCCGAGCCCUAUGCCACACGUCGUCGUCAUCGAUAAGCAUCUUUCUCGGGAGCCAGAGGAAGAUCAUAGUGCCAGAAACACUUAACGACACAAAGCAUAUAUGUGUAUGUGCUAAAAUUAAAAUUAAUUAAUAAUUAAUCUAUUGAUUGAUAAAAAUAAAAGUGAUAUGUGGUGCGAGUUGCGUUCGGAAAUGAGAGCAGCGAUCCUCUUAAUAGUGUGCUGUUUCCUGUGCAGCUUGUGUGCGGGUGAUGAGUCGAAAAAACUGAAUGAUAUCUCGUCAUCUUCGAUAAAUGACAAAAAUAAGGCAGCUCAGAUUGCAGCGGGCGAGCAACGCCUCGGGGAUCAAAUUCGUGCGAUCCUCAAGCAUUAUCAGCAAGAUGAUCCGGUCGGACUUCCGGGCGCACCGGUACCGGAUCCGAUGUCCGUGCCGGAUAUGAAGCAUUCCUUUUCCAUAUACACUAUGCAUUUUAAGCAAGUCAACGUUUACGGAUUAUCCAAAUUCCGUAUCGAGCAUGUAGAAUCGGAGCUGGCUCGUAUGCAGGUGUCCGUCGCAGUAAGGAUCGAUAGUCUUGUCAUUCACGGAUUGUACACACUGCAAUCGUGGCUAUCAAGAUCGACCGGCAAUUUUACAUCGAAACUCACCGGCGUAAAUGUGGAGGGUCUCGCUAGGCUGGAAGUGGCCACCGAUGGUAAAUUACAGGCCACGAACAUCGAUAUGGAUCUGACCUUUGACAAGAUCGAUUUAGAUUUCAAGAAUCUGGGAUUCUUAGCCACGGUCUUCCAAAGCGUCAUCAAUUCUAUCGGCUCUUUUCUUUUUGACAGCAUCAAGCCAUUCAUAUUAAAAGAAGUUAACACAAACAUGAGGGGUGAAGUGAAUAAGCAUAUAUCACAAUUACCGCAGUAUUUCCCGAAUUCGAUUUCACCUUUCGACAUGGCAGUGGCGGAAGCUCGUAAGCAGGUUUCUGAAAUGGGUUACGAUCCAUACAAAUUAAAAGAUUACAGCCAGAUCGCUGGUAUAUUCACUGUGACCUUGUCACAUACCUGGAUCACCGGUCUGGCCAGUUUCUAUCGCAUGGGCAACAUAACAAUUACCUUGGAAAACGGAAUUGUAUAUGCGCUUCUGGAUGUCGGCACCCAGAAGUUAAAGGGCAUGACGCACUGGGAAGUGAGCGUGAUCGGCGGCUUCCUGUCUCGCGCCGGUACUGUGUCCUUCACUAUACAGUACUUCCGAGUACAAAUCAAACUGAGCCAGUCGUUGGACACGCGAAAGCGCGCCACCUUAGAGGAAUUGGAGCUCGAGCUGGGCAACAUCCAGGCGAGGGUCCACGGUGCAGGCACGCUCGAUUAUCUCAUGGAGGCAGGCAUCAAUAUAGUGCCGAACCUGUUAAGGUAUCAGAUCAUGGAUGCGAUUGAGGGUCCGUUGAAGAGACGCAUACAAAUAGAAUUGAGUAAGGUAGACGUGGAGAAAUUGAUUGAUGAAAAAAUUCCGAUGAUAGAGGAACAAGUCAAGGGUUUGAUACCCGUAGAAGAAACGAUCUUAGAAGAAUCGUUACUGUCAAAUCAGGACGAUCAGAUACCGUUCUCCGAGAGCGAAGAAAAUCGAGGACCAUCGUAAGAAAGCCAUAGAUAAUAAUCAAACUUUUUAAUUCCAUUUCAGAUAACCUAUGAUUCAGAACGAAAUGUGUUAUUUAUAAUCUUAUAUAUCUAUAGCCUGACAUACAUAUAUAUUGGAUUAAGAAAAAAAUAGUUUAUGGCGAUUUUUAUAGAAAAAAAUUAUAUUAUAAAUACAAGUUUCUUGUGCAAAUUAUAUCGUCUAAAGCAAACUUCAUAACAUACAAAAACAGAAGGAAUAAAAAUUGUAUGUAUAUACAUUAUUAUAUAAUGUAUUUUGCAUAAAUGCGCACAUGAUCAAUAGAAAAUUCAGACUUAAUGACUUGUUUAAAGCGAUGAAAUAUUUAUCGCGAUGUUUCUCGUGAGUAUAAAUCUUUAUGCUCUCCAUUAGUAUGUUAAAAGAUAUAAAUAUUCAACAUAAUCGUGUUUAAACCUAAAGCAUUGCUCUUCAUAAUUAAAUCACCAAUAUUAAGCAAAA